ACUUUCUUUAACUUUCUCUAAUUUUACUAAAAGACAUUGCUCUGAAACAUGAAGAGUAUGAAAAUGAAGACAUUGCUGUCCGUCACUAUACACAACACUUGCUGAAAACCUGCUUUAAUGUUCUUCAUCUACAAGCUGUCCAGAGAAGACUAAAGAACAUGCGCCUAAGGAUGGCUGAAGAUCUGUGGCAGAGAUUUCAACUGCAGAGAGUGUGGAAUGUUUGGUUAAGGCGAUGUGAGCAUUCGGAGGAACUCAAGCUUCAUUCAGUUUCCAGGAAAGCAAGAGCACAUCACAACUUUCAGCUGAAGAGGAAGCUGUUUGCAAUUUGGGUGAGAUACUGCCAGUGGAGGAGAUUCAGAAAAUUUCAGUAUGGAAAAGCUGAUUAUCAUUUCCGUGAAAGAGCUUUGCCCAGAUACUUUUGUAGAAUGAUGAUUUUUGUGGAUCUGAUCCACUCCAAGAAAGAAAAUAACCUUGCUGCAGAAAAGUUCAGACGGGAGGCACUUCUGGCAAAGAUGUUUUACUCGUGGUGGAGAAAAUAUCAGCUGAUGAUGGAUGUCAGAAUGAUGGAAAGAAUGGCCAUUCUUCAUAAUGAUGAAGUCAUCAAGAGGCGUUCUAUUCAAUUCUGGCUUCAAAGAGCACGAAGUAAACUGCACGAAAGAAAGUUGGAGGCUGUGGCUGAUGAUCACCGCAAUCGAAAAUUGCUUCUAAUGGGAAUAACACGGUGGAGAGAAUUUGACAGAGAAAUGAAACAAAGUCGCUCAGUACAGCAUUCAUCGGUGAGGCAUUACUACAUUCAUCUUUUGAGAAAGACGUGGGCAGCGUGGCAGCAGUUUGUUCAUCACAGGCAGGUAAAAUGGCAGAAACAGGCACGUGCCGACCUGCUUUAUCAACGGAACCUUCUCUCUGUUGUAAUCAGUGCUUGGAAGGGCCAUCACAAGCAUGUGAAGGUUGUUGAAACACAUAGCGAUGAGCGGCUUCAGGCGCACAAUUUGGAUCGAUUGAGGUCAACCUUUGAAACGUGGAAGCGGAACGCUGAAGCAAACAAAGAGGAAAGGAGAAAUAAGCAUGUUGCGAAGACAUUGUUCAAUCAAACAUUACUUUCCAAGUGUUUCUCGUGUUGGAAAGAAUUCUCAACUCAUCAUGCCGUCAAGAAGUGGCAGCAGUGGCAACGUAUUCAGGAAAUACAACAGAAACUCGCGAGAGGUAAAUUACACCGUUCGUUCCGUGCUUGGAAAUCCUUCAAACUGAAGUCGGUACGAGACAAGACUCUCAGAAAUAAGGCUUGCGAUCAUCAUAAUAAGACACUGCAACGAAAAGCGGUACAAGCAUGGAAGGGCUACAUUCACCUUUGUUUCAGGAUCAAGAUUCUUGAAAGACAAAGCAUGUGGAUUCAUAAUCGAAGGAUUACCGCUGCUUUCUUCAAGAAAUGGAAGAAACAACACGCCAUUGUAGUUCAAGAAAAGAGAAAGACAGUUCUGGCGUUGUGGCAUUGGAGUGUGAACCUACAAAGAAAGGCGUUUUAUGGUCUCUUGGAGUACGCAAUCUCUCGCAAGAGGAAAGAAGUUCGAAUCGCCAGAGCUUUGGAAGAGCGACGAAACAGACUUUUGCGGACCGGAGUCACGCAGUGGAUGAAGGUUGGCUUUCAUCUGGCUUCAGAAAGAUCAAGACUUGCCCAAGAAAGACAGCUCGAGGCUGCUUACUCCGUGCACCAGUGCGUGUAUCGCUGCGCGAUGCACUGGAGAAGAGUUACGGCAAAUCGAGUUCGACAGAGAGGAGGCAAGCCUAGGCCGAGACCUGUGAUCGAGCCGAAAUCUGAUUGGCCAGUUGCCAAGUUACCAGUAACAACGCGCUCUGUCCCCUCAAUCCAACCCUCGGCCUACACUAUGGAAGUUCACAGAAUUGCGUCAGAGGGUUUCAAGGAACGUCCGCGACCAAGAAAACCCGACUACUUGAGGGAGUCCUUUGAUUUCACUCAAAUAUCCAUUGCAACAAAUGUAUCACCGCGCGUGCCAUCCACGCGUGUCACGGACCAAGUGGACGAUGACGAAACCAAACCACGUUCCUCGCCACCCCGACCGUCUUAUCAAAUGAGGAGCAAUAUCCACCCCCACCAGAGGAACCCUAGGGAUGAAUCGAUUGUCUUUCCGUCGUCUUCAGGGGAGGAAUCUUUUCCUGGUGCAGAGAGAUCGAAACAAACUCGAGAGACAGUUGACUCCUCAGAAGCUGCAUUCAGUGACAGGCAGCACGGGUUCGCUGACCCAGUAUCGAAACCCGUACAAAAACCUUCCAUUCCAUCACUUACGAACAAGGCUCAGGCACGAGGACCCGAACGAAGAGUAGUUUUAUUACCUCCCUCGUCCUUCACCCUACCUUCACGUGCUGAGGGAGCCCAAAUGCAUCCCUCUGUGCCUGAGGGACUGGAGGUUCUUGCUUCUACUUCACCGUAUCCCGCAUCAACCCCUCGUACCUCCCUAGAGAGUGAAAAACGACUGGCAUCCAGUCCUUCUUCGGCCACCUCGUUAUCGAGUAGAGGCUCUGAAGACGAAGAAGAGGCGGCGAGAGAAGACGAGGAGGAAGAAAUCGACGAAGAACAGGAUGAUGAGGAAUGUAAACCGAAUACGAGAGAAGAGGCUGUAAGAAGUGAACUACCAAGUCAACUGAAAGGCGAAGGAAAUCUUCAAGAACGUGUUGCAGCUAUGAAGAAUAUCCUACAAGAAUUUCAAGACAUCAAAGUUACAUAUAGUCAUAAAAAGAAACAGCGAGAUCAGUUGUCCGUCUGGGUUCAGGAACAGGUAGAGAGACUGGGACCGAACCAUGAGGAUGACGAGUUGUUACAAACUGAACAGUGCUUACAUGAAUUGACCGAGGAAGUGCACAACAUGGCGGAAAGAAUAAGAAAGACUCGACCUCUUGUUGAAGAAGUGGCAUCGAGCAUCAGAGAACUCAUUCAAAAAACUGGUUUGGGUUCGUCUGCCUAGCCUCGGCCAUUUCCAGGUCAAGAUUGUGAAAUCCUAGUGUUCCCUUUGUGGAUUUUGGACCAUCAAGGGACGUUCACUCACAAGACGAGCUUCGUCUGCUCUACUGACCAAAUACCCACAGAAUGUGGCUAAAUCGCAGCAGUAAUGGGUCAUGCUUGACGAAGGACGUGUUGAGUAAUGAAUGCUCUGAGUACAGUGGAGGCAAGUUAAAUGGGACCGUUUCCUUUGCUAUCAGUUCAUCUAACACAACAAAAUAUCGGAAGCUAGGAAAAAAUGCGAAACAUGUGUCCACUCAACAAUUGCAACGUAAGAUGUAACUGGAAUGGACAGGGAGAACCUUUUCCAGACUCAUGUUCAUUUCGUCUGUUCUUAAAAUGUACGAGCCUGGACUACUGAGGCAGACUGAUUCCUUCGGGAUUAAUAUUCCUCUGUAAGUUGCGAUUUAUUGAAUCCCGGAAUGUUCUCCUCCAGAUACGCCAGUAAUGCUUUUCUGACUAAAAAUAAAACAAACUGCAGUUUUAAAAUU